AUGUGUCAGCCGGGUAAAAGGCAUGGAGGUGAGCCCUUUGGAGACUCGGGAGAGCCACUCGCGAAACGCCGUGCUAUUCACUGCGAUACCCCUGUUGGCCAAGAGUGCCACAGCUCGGGGGAGAACUACUCCGAUGGCCAUGGCAUCUCCGAUAACCUGGCACUGCUAGAGGAUUUUUCCAUCUUUUUCGCCGACGACCUCGAUGCCGAGUUGCCAAAUCUCGGCGACUCCACAACGGCUGCACAAGUGUCACCGGCUGUCGAUGAUCUCAUAGACGGAUCGUUCUUUUACGAUGAAGCAUUGCCGGAAAUUCCACCCGAGGUUGCGGCCGCAAAUGCAGCCAUUCAGCCACCCCCUUCCAGCGUCAUCAGAGCCUUCGAUCGCGGCUCAAGAUCGGCCGACGAAUUCGACCCCAACCUGCUGCACUCGCCGCCAAAGUCAAGUUCUACCGUGACGGGAGACGGCGCUUGUGAGCCACCCGAUCUGCCUCUGACCCAAGAGGCUGAUUGGGAAAGCAUCCGAAGAGACCUCCAGCAAUCGGAACCCCGCCACAAAGGAAUGAACCAGGCCGAACGAGAUCAGCUUCCGCCAGCCCACGGGGGCGGCGGCGCUGCACUACCCACUCCGGCAGCUUCGGCACCAUCUAGAGAUGCUCGGGUACCAACUUGUCCCGAAACGGCUUCACCAAGCAAGCCCUACAGGACCUUUUUCCACCUCAAGGAAAUGGUGCAAGGGAAGCUUGAAAUGUACAAGAACCAGCCCCUGGUGGUGUUUGAGUGGUACGCCAGAGUCCUCUACUCGAGUCGCGAGAACUUUUACCGGAAGCAGUACUUUCAGUUCCGCGACCUGUUCAAGGAAACCCCCCCGUACUUGAGUGGCGCUCUUCUCGGCUAG